UCCGCGGUCGACCGGCAUGCCACUUGAGCCUCUUUUCUCCUUUUGUCCCGCAACUCGGUCAGUUCAAGUUCAUUGUCUUUCUCCAGCCACUAGGCUGCAAACGGUCGAGUGCUGGUACUCAGGACGAAUACGGAUCGACGAGGACUUCUCAGGAUGCCAGCGAAGGUCAGCUAGAAGGCUAUCUGUAGUGUAGCAGAUACGUGGGUCAGUCGCCAAGUCCGAACCUCCAUGCCCAUGGCAUCUAUACAUCAGAGUCCGAGAAUAUCCUGCAUCCUCUGACUGCUUACUGGCUAAGCGUGUAGCCCAGAUCGCGCCUUUGAACAAAGAGCCUGUCUACUUUUCCGUACACUUUGCUGACCGUUUACUGGCGGGACUCGUAAGUCGGACCUUGCCUCGGCGAACCGUUGCGUCUCCGCGCACAACAUCAGGCGACCUAGUGGCCACAUCACACUCACGCACAUACCAACAGCCACACUUCGUGCGAACACAGAUUGCAGCAGCAAGAGCAGUGGUAGCAGUAACAGCAGCAUCAGCAGCACCGCCACUACCACAAGGCACAAAGUGCUGCCGUCCAAAGAGGACAGUGCUGUUUGCAAGCGAGCGCGCGCACCGCAAGUCUCGGAUGUGCCUUUGGUCUCUGUCCCCAACAGUGGCCAUCCGUAUGUGUGCGCUCUAGCUUCUUUCUUAUAGUACCGUCCUGAACUCUCAACACUGGAUACGGAUAGAAGGAGUAUUGGGACAGGGCUAUUGGAUAUCCGGAGCAAAUAUUGCUCUUUGCGGAGAGGUGAUUUUGACACACCAAAACCAAACCUGUGUGGCCAACGAUGUGUUUCUCACCUCGUCGUUCAGCACUAUUGCUGCUUGCAGUGUACAUUGUAUGGAGAGGAUGCGACGUCGCUGGCGCGUAUGGAGAUGACAGAGUCGUCCAGCUGGAACGCCUGGGGAGGGUAGAGUCCGAUGAGGCGGAGAUAGCGACGCUUCGAGAUGAGAUCUUACCCAUGCGGAAAUGGAGGCAAACGCAUCCUCCCCUGCGGCCCAAACUGGGUCGGCUAGUUCGCGGGUAUCUGGCGAGUCUGGGAGCUGAAUCCUGCCGCCCAUGGAGGCCCAAGACAUGCAACAACACAGUUCUAGCCCUGGUCAACAAGUUCAUUAUGGAUCACCAAGAGCAGCCAAGAGAAGUACGGGAAGCAGGGCCAGGUAGAAUAAAACGGGCGACGGUGGAGGAGCAUCGCCCCUCCUCGCGGAGUGAUAAGCACCAUAGGGUUCGUCGUCAUCUUAGUAGUUCGUCACACGAUGAGGAAUCGUAUGGGACUGGCGAAACACUGUCCUUUCGGUUCUUCAACGCAGUACCAGAUCAGAGGAAAGUGUCUGCCUCACUGAUACCGAAUCAGACGGGUUACAUGCCCGGAAGAAUGAACUUCACGAGCGAACCGAUCGAGUACGGCGAAGAGUUGGAGGAUAGCUUUCCUCUGAUCUUGGAUGAUACGUUCGCCGUCUCGGCUGCUACAGAGCUGUACACAUCCAAUGUUUCCGCCAGUAUCUUCGAGAUACCUCGCCGUGCAGAAUUCUUCAUGGUCUCGGAUUUGGCUGGCAACACGCGAGCGCUUCAUUCGGCUAUGGUCAUCUUCAAUCUGAAUGUGAGCUACCACACCAGUUGGCUGUUCACCUACAAUGCGCUCUACAGCGGAGUCGGAAAUAAACUGCUCUCCGGAGUAGACGUGCUGCUUUUCGACGCCACCAAGUUCGGCAUUGACUACAGUCUGCAUCGCAUUGCUCGCAACAUCACCCUCCACCAAGGACAGGAAGCCACCCUUCAGGAGGGAAUGUAUGAAGUCAAGGUUGUCCCAACAGACUCCGUGAACUCCGUCAAUGCUUUCAAGAAUGCGCGCUCACUCGUUGCGCCUAUGUACAUUGACAUUGACAUUCACGUUCAGCGCUACACAUAUCUAGUGCUGAACGGAGACACCACUUCUCAGCGAUACCCGCCUCGCCUCACCACCAUCCCCAACGUCGAAGCCGGAGUGCCGCCCGCAUUUCCACCGACGCUCACGCACAUACUGAACUCGGAUCCUCUGGGACGUCGGGUCAACGUUUCGUUCAGCAACAGUGCCAAGUCGUAUACUCUGGAGGCCGGCAAGGGAGUGAAAGCGGCUGUUCCCGUCCAGCGAUAUGAUGAGAUUGUGUUGACUGAUGAAUGCUUCAAUACACCAGAAACGUAUCGCAUCCCAGUGAAUAUCAACGUCCCGUACGUUGAUGGGUCGUGUAUGGUCUUGACCGAUCGCAGUCGUGACAACAGGCUGGAAGGAUUCUUCGCUUGCUGGCAUGACCCGUCGCUGGCCAUUCAUCCGUCCAAGGCGUGGAUAUUUACUUACAAUGCGCUGACAUGGUACAACGGCAGCAUUGAGAUCAUCAUCUACAACCCUAUGGUGAGCUCUGGCGACUACAGCCUGUUCAGUAUAGCGCAUGGACUGUCGCUCGGCCAGGGAGUUCCCGCUCCAGUUGACAUUGGAACCUACACGCUGAAGGUUGUACCUACUGGCUCCGUGCAGAACUCUGUAGACUUCAUGCGGGUUCCGUCGCUCAUAGAGCCGGUCGUCAUUCAGCUGCAGAGUCGAACAACCUACUUUGCGUCCAUCCAGGCGACACAAACUGCAGGGAAGCCCAGCGGUCGACACAUUUCCGUGCCAUCUAUGGAACAGAAUCAGGUAACGCUGAGUAUUAUAGAACCGACGACAGCGGCAAUCCAUACCAGCGGGAGCUGUCGGGUCUCUCCAGUAGGGCCUCUCCUUCUUCUUGCUUGUGCGCUAUCACUAUUUCUCUCUGGGAGAUUUGCGUAACAUCUGUCACUGAUCUAUGUUAUAUAUCCGUUCUUUUGUUCCUGUGUGUUGCGUCUGUUGUCUCUGAGCUGUAUCCUCCCCAGGUGCGUGCUCACUCCUACUUGUUCUAUUAUCAAGUCCUCAUUGUUGAAUUUUCUAUAUCACCCAAACUAGCACUUGAUUCAAAAUAUGCUAGUUUACAUCUUGAACAUAGGCAACGCUUGAGAACAGACAGUGAUUUGAUUACCUCACUGAUUAUUCACCCAGGAGUUCCCUGGUUUAUCUCUUGAUUUUCCCCCUUUCUUUCCUUGCCGCAGAUUUUCCAGUAGCCAGAGCGACACUUCCCCUAAGACGCUCCGACUUGAUUCUGCGAUUCGCAUUCUAAUCAUCCACAACUGCCAUUGCUUUUAUCUCUUAUUCUUAUCAUCCACAAUUCACAACUGCCAUCGCUUAUCUCUUUCCUGUUCACCUUGAGUUUGACUAACCGUUUGGGCACAGAUCAUUUUCCUGGCAAGAAAUAUGAAGUGCGACAAAAUUGA